UAGUUCAGCAGCGAUACACCAAAUAGAUUUAGAAAUUGCUGGCUCGUGAAUAAUUGAUACUCAGUGUAUUUCGUUAAUUAAACAUGAAUUUGUGGGAAUGUAUUGAUAAACACCUCCUGUUUAGUGUAAAAUAAAAAUUGUGUAUUAAAAUGUGUGUUUUGUGAAGUAAUUAAAAAUAACAAAAAUAGUCGAAUAUGAAUGUAUACAUGUUUUUCAUUAAAAUAUUUCAAUCGAAACCCAAACUGAGGAUUGUGUGAGUGGAUUUAUUGUACCUCGUCAGUUUACUUUGGAUUAAUUUGUGUUCGAAAAGAGAAUAUUGAAGCCCUAAAACAAAUAUUCGUUCUAGUAUCCUGACCUCAGCGAGCAGCAAAGUCAGUCUCAGCAGCAGGGCCACACUUCUCUCAACGUUCAGCAGGAACGACGGAGUAAAACGCUCCAAAAAGAUGGUCGUGUGUAGGGUGACACUUCUCAAUGGGAAGACUUUCGAGCCCAAGGACUUAGAUAAAAAUGCAGACGGGCAGGCGUUGUUUGAUAAGGUCUGCAAAGAACUGGAUAUCAUAGAGACAGAUUAUUUCGGCCUUACUUACAGAGAAAAAAACAGCAAAAAGUUUUGGCUGGACAGUACAAAAAAGAUUGCCAAGCAAGUAAAAGGUGGAACAUGGGUUUUCGAGUUCCAAGUGAAGUUUUACCCACCGGACCCGAUGUCCUUGAAAGAAGACAUCACACGAUACCAGCUGUGCCUCCAAGUUCGAGUUGACAUCUUCAACGGCAGGUUGCCAUGCUCAUUUGCCACAUACGCCCUGUUGGGAUCAUACACCGUCCAGUCCAUGAUUGGAGACUAUAGCUUGAAAGACUGCGGGCCAGGACUCGGAUACUUGAACGAUUUCGAUUUUGCGCCCAAUCAAAAUCAGGAACUGCUGGAGAAAAUCUAUGAGCUGCAUGAAUCUCACAAGGGCCAGUCUGCAGUAGUGGCUGAGGCCCAUUUCCUUGAGAAUGCCAAGAAGCUGGCAAUGUAUGGAGUGGACAUGCAUGAUGUCAAGGACUCAGAAAACAAGCGUUUGUCUCUGGGCAUCUGUGCCACUGGUAUCCUUGUGUACAGAGACAGGCUAAGGAUAGACCGCUUUGUGUGGCCGAAAAUACUGAAAUUGUCAUACAAGCGAAAUACGUUCUACAUCAAGCUUCGUCCGUCUGAGUUUGAUCCACAUGAGAAGACAGUCAGCUUUCUUAUCGACAAUCACAAGCUCGCCAAGAGGCUGUGGAAAAUCUGUGUGGAACACCAUGCCUUCUUCCGACUGAAGACUGCUGACGCUCCCGACAAUGACACCCUUUUCCCGAGGUUCAACACGAGGUUCCGCUAUUCGGGUCGCACUGCCGUCCAGGCGCGAAAAGCCGCGGAAAUGGUUGACAGAGAGGAGCCCCCUGUGGAGCGCACUGCAGAGAGACGUCGUUCUGGGAGAGAUGGGGAAAAUGAUUAUGAUGAGAAGAGAUACGCCCCUGACGAGAGUGACAGACAUGGUUGGAAUGCGGGCGACCCCAAUGCCACCUUGGAACGUGAUGCACGUUUUGCCGGACUAAACAGCAAGGUCCAAAGGUCACCAGAGGAAGAAAAGAAGCUGCGCGAGGACUAUAUGCGUCUGCUGCAGGACACCCCGUCCAUCACGUCGCGGUCCAACUACCCGGAGUCCCGAGGGGACAUCGAGAGUGACCCACGGUUCCUGGCGGUGGGAGACGAGGGGCUGAGAAAGAAAUGGUUCGAGGAAUAUGUAGAAGAUUUGAAACGUCAAGACUUUAUGCAAUUACUGCAAGACACUCCAUGGGUGCAUAGCCAGUCAUCGUGGCCAGAUGCGCGGGAAGAUCUCAAGUCAGACCCACGAUUCCUUGCAGUGGGAGACGAUGCCCUCCGUGAGAAGUGGUUUAACGAGUUUAAACAAAAUAUGAAAAAGAAUAAAGCUGAAGACAAACAGCGUAAAAAGGCGGACGACAAACGACAGAAAGACAAAGAGGCAGAGAGAAAGCGGUUAGAAAAGGAAAGAAAAGUUGGAAAGGGAGUCGUAGAUCCGGAAGUAGAAGAGCAAAAAGAGAAAGUGACUACUCCUGAAAAGGAGAAACGCUCAAGCGGAAUUUUCUCCAUGUUCGGACGCCGUUCUGGAAGGGACAAAGCUCACGAGCCGAAACCCCAUAAAGCAUACGAGGACGCCGACGACCCAGAGCUAAAGUUGAAAGAGGAAUUCUGGCAGCUGCUACGGGAGACGCCUGACAUUACAAGCACCUCACAACUGGACGACGUGAGGAUAAUCAUGGCUAAAGAUCCUCGCUACAUCAAUGUGCCUACAGAGCAGAAACGGCAGCAGUGGUUUGACGAAUACAUCCAGAACCUGAUGAAGGACGAUUUCAUGCGCCUGCUACGCGACACACCCACCAUUCACAGUCAGUCGACGUGGCCUGAGGCACGCAUGGAGAUCGAUCGCGAUCCACGUUUCGAGGCGGUAGGAGAUGAGAAGUUGCGAGAACAGUGGUUCGAUGAAUACAUCGAGGGAUUGGGAAGCAUCAAUUUUGAUGCAUACAUAAUUAAAACUAAAGAAUCAAAGUUAAAGUCCGACUACAUGCAACUCCUCAGGGACACGCCGGCCAUUGACAGCCAGUCACGGUUUGAGGAGGUGAGGGAUUACAUCGCCCAUGACGACCGUUACCGCGCCGUCCCAACCGAUGAACUCCGCAAGGCCUGGUUCAAUGAAUACGUGGAGAAUCUGAAAAAGGCAGACUUUAUGAAACUCCUUGAGGACACGCCUUCCAUCACGAGCUACUCCCGUUAUCCCGACGCCAAGGAGGAUAUUUCCCAUGAUCCUCGCUUCCAUAAUGUGGACACUGACGAGCAGAGAGAGAAAUACUUCAACGAGUACACAACAGAAUUGAAAAAGGCCGCCUUCAUACAACUGCUACAGGACACGCCAGACAUAUCCGCCACAUCCACUUGGCACCAGUCCAAGAAAUAUAUAGAGACGGAUCCUCGCUACCACGCAGUAGACUCCGACCUUCAGAGGAUGAAAUGGUUCCAUGAAUAUGUGAACUUCCUUGCUGGUCGUGGAUACGGUAUGAACUACAGUUUGAGAGCAGGUGGCUUCAAAUCCAUUGACAGAAAACAAGAAUUCUUGCCAUUACACAAGCCAGAGGCAGUGAAGAAAACUGACCCGAUGCCGUUCUUCCAAGACGCAAAACGCAAGCCGCCUGUGGCCUCUAGACCCAAAAAGCCCAACGGUUAUGGCUCGAACGAGGAUCUGAUCAAUAAUGUGCCGAUAACUGUGGCAACGGAAUCCUUCAAGUACAACCCCGACCUGAACGACGUCCCAAGGUCCACGUCUAUUAUCCCUAUCGUGGAAACCAAGACCCAUAAGGUAACCUACGAGCGAGACGGGGUACCAUACGAAACCGAAGAGAGUAUUCUUAUCAGUGCUCAUUCCGUGACCACCAGGUCCCAGACUAUAGAUACAACAACAUACAAGACUGAGCGAGAUGGUAUGGUGGAGACACAUGUGGAGAGGAAGAUCACCGUGGUAACAGACGGAGAUGACGACACCGAUCAUGAUGCUUUGUUGAGGGCAGCCAUUGAACAAGUCACAGAAAUGAACCCAGAUUUGACGGUGGACAAGAUAGAGUGCAUACGUCAAAUUGAGGACUUGAACGAAAGAUAAAAAAAAACCGUCAUCACCAUAAUCUACCAGUGUGCCUGAAGAAGAAAUACUGGUCUGCCAUUGGAGCAGAUUUUGAUGACAUCAGUGACAUCACAACUCUCAUGUGACAUCAUCAAGUCAUGAGCAGAUCCAAGAUCUUGAAUUUUCUGUUGCUACUAUUGUGCACGUUUUUUGUUUUCUGUACACAAUUAGGGGCAGAAUAUGAUUAGUUCUAGAAAUUGUUUAUUUUUGGGCUUCAGAAAAUACAAAGAACUUCUUAAAAACAUGAAGAUCUUAGUAUGAGUUAUGAAUCAUCUUGUUCAUCUUGUGGAAAUGGCCAAAGUCACGUAUACUUGUAAUGUUUUUUUAUAAUGGCGCACAGUAAUAUUAUUUAAAAAUGCAGCUUUUUAUCAUGUUUUGUUGGUUGUGAUUGAAAGAUUGCCAAUAAUGUUAUAAGCUUAUUAUGCAUAUGAAUACAGACAUUUUUAUUUGCACAUACAUAUUUCAUGUUUGUAUAUAAUUCAAAUGACUAGUAGGAGUAAAGUGCUGAUAGCAAAUGACUUGGAAUUCUUUAUGUUAUUGUGUACCCAUCAAAUGGUUGUUUUGUAUGUGUGUCAGUGAACAUUGAAGCUAAAAUUAAAUAAUAAAAAACAAAAUAGAUGAAUUGACACAAAAUCUUCAGUGGGUGAUCAUUUUAAUGAAUCAUCAUUAUACCCUUAUCAAUUAAAUCAUAUUGAUGGUUUCUAAGCUCAUGUAAUAUAUUUAAUUUUCAUUUAUUGAUAAGCAACAAGGAAGAUACUUUUUUACAGACUACCUGCAGAUAUUGACUUGUGUAUUGUGUAUGCUUAUCACCACGCUGUGUGAACAUUUAUUUAGCAUUUGGUAGCAACUUGUGUGAUGGUGGAUAUCACAUUGAAACAAUUUUAACACCAUUGUUCUAUAAAAAACUGCUGUUUUUAUUUUCAUUGUUUUUAUUUUUUAAGGCAUUUUUAGCAUUUUUAUAUGUUUAGUUGUCAAUAAUUGUUCCAUUUGCUUUUAAUAUCAGCUUAGGCAAGCAGAUUUCGUUUUGAGUUUUAUGUUGAAAGACAAUGAGCUUAUGUUCCAUGUCUAUGAAAUAUAAGACUAUAUAAGGCAGUUAAAAGAUUAAAUUGUCAUAAUUUAAAACAUAAGUAAGAAUCCUUAUUUACAUAUAAUAAAUAUACUUUAUUUAUCAAUCUAUUCAAAUUGCUAUUGUAAACAAUUAAGUGAAUACAAUAGGUAUUAUACAGUUAUAAUUAUAUAGCAUUGGUUAUACUGCAAUUUUAUUUACAUUUCUAAAUACUACUUAUAUUAAGUUUUAUUAUUAAUUGAAUAAUUAUUAUAUCCAAAUUAAGUGUCAAUGUAUGAUUUCAGUUGCAAAUUUGAGGAACAAAUAAAACUUGCAAUGUAUUUCAUUUUAUUACUGAAACAUUUUUGGGGUGAAAAUUGUGGGUAUCACAAACAUCAAGAGUUGAACUGUAAAGUAUCAUUGUUAAAGAGAUGUUUGUAACUUAGUGUUUUACUGGAAACAUACUAAUCUUUUUAUUUCAUGAGGAUUUAUUUUUUCUCUUAUUCUAUGUACAUAAAAUCAUAUACAUUGUAUUACGAUUGUACAGCAUAUUGCUCUCAAGAAAAACAAUCAUUAAGCUGUGUCAUUUUCAUUGGAUAGUUAUAACACGAAAGAAUAAUUAUUACUUUAUAGUAUUUGCUUUUGAAUACCUUUAAUAUAUUUAUCUCCUUUGAUGUGUCCUUUUGCAAAAAUAAAACCCAGUUUCAUCUUCUAAUGCUGCGAAGAAAAAGGAAAAAGAUUAUAUUCUAUAAAAGAUGAGUUUUAAAUUAAAUUAAAACCUAGAAAGUGUAUCAUAUUACAUGCCGUGUUCAUAAGCUGUUCAUAAAUUAAAUUGGGCUUUGUACUUGUUUUAUUCAUGUUGUUCAAAUACAGAUCAUGUUUUAAAUCCCGACGUACAUAUUGUUCCCUUUUUCUGGAGUGUCAACUUAAAUAUGGUCAUUUUGUUUGGGAAGAUAGAUUCUUAAUAAUUCGAAUAAAUGAAUAUGUACAUGUACUUAUGUUCAAUCAAUGUGUGUAUGUCUGUAUGUUUGUGUUAUAAGUCAAUUCCUUGCUUCAGAUGCAUAGCUAUAAUUUUAAUAAAAUAAUUAAUCUAU